AUAAAUAAAAAUGGAGGACAUAUUUAACUUUGUGUUCGGUUUUGUCAUUAUCUAUUCAGUGUAUAAGCUGAUUUGAUUGUUUGUUUCAACAGUCAGGUUUUGUUGCCGUUUGGUCUGAUGCUGAAGGAAUAAUAGGGGGUUAGAAGGGUGACAUGGGAGAAGAGGUAUGGAUAGUGUAGAUGUUGGAAAUUUGUGUUUUGAAUUUGAUUGUAAAAGAGAAGAUGAAGUUGAUGGUGUAUUAGGAUCAGAAGUUAUAUCAGAUACGAAAUCAGAGAAAGAGGAGAUAAAGGAGAAUAAAGAGGAAGCAAUUGAUCUCAAGAUAUACAAAGGAAUUCGGAGUCCUGACCUUGAUUCAUUUCUUACAAGUGCUUUGCAGUGUUUGAUUUCCAUCCCUGAGUUUUGCAGCCCUCAAGAGAAUGAAGAAAUGAAAGAUUUUCGAGAUUGCAAGCUCAAUCCACAGACGAGUGUUUUGGAUGAAAUUAAAGAUUUAAAAAGAAGGUAUUUCGAUGAUUAUUAUGAAGAAAUUGAUAUUAUGAAUAUCAGGCGUAGCUUUAACAAAAAAUUUCCAAGAUUUCAAAAUCAUGAUUCUUUUGAUUUGUUGAUGGCUUUGUUUGAAGAUAUACAAAAGCAGAUGAAUCCAACAAUGGCUCCAUUUAUUCCAAAUAGUUCUCUGAACUAUAAAGAUAUAUGAAAAGAAUAUGAAAAUAGCCAUCCAUCAAUAGUUAAUCAACUCUUCGUGGGAUUGUCCAAGCUAACAUAUGUUUGUCAAGAUUGAGGGAAGGAGAAUAUCAUUUAUGAUGAUUUUAAACAUAUAACAUUAGAUUGUAUUCACCAGUCAUCAAAAUUAGCAUUCAAGGAACUUUGUGAAAGCUUCAAUCGAGGCAAAUACAGUCAUUUCAGAUGUAAAAAGUGUCAGUGUGACAGUCUCUGAAUGUUCACAAAUAAGAUCAUAAAAUAUCCAAAAUAUCUACUCAUAGUAAUCCAGAAAGAAGAGUUAAAGUGCCAGUCUCAAUCAAACAAGCCAAUAGAUUACAAAAGCAGUUUUUCUCUACCCACUCCUGACUCUCAAACAGUAACCUACACCCUCAAAAGCAUAAUCUGCAAAACCCGGGCUCUUCUCUACAACCACUACAGUGCUAUCUGCAAGCGUGGCUCCGAAUGGGUGCUCUUCGACAACUCCUUCUGCUCUACUAUAACUGAAACCUUUGAUCUUACUCUUCGGUCAGAUGUUCACAUUUUAUUUUACAAAGCAGAAGAGAUUCCAGAAUUUUAAGUUCAACAAAAA